AUGGACCGAACAACUGAACUUAUGCCCAGCUUCCGACGCAUGAAUAGGACGGAAAUUACUGGGGAUAGGACAAGACAUGUUCUAACCUUCAACCCCAAUUCUGCCAAACCCGGAGAAGAAAUCUACGUCAACAUCCCAAAGCUAAAAGCCGACUCCGUUCUCGUACCGGAUAGUAUGGCUUUAGUUUUCGACUUUAAAAACAGUAAUACAAAAUCCUGGUUCAGGAACAACCUAGGAAAACUGCUCCAGAAGAGACUGGAAAUCCAACUUGCUGGUGAAAAGGUCUACGACAACAGUCGGGAAAGCCUACUGGAAGUUUACAAGGACCUAUGGCUACACAACAAACAGCGUGAUCAUAUGGUAGAGGACGGCAUUGCUAGUGAAGCCACGAGGAAGAAGAUAUCUAAGGACGACGCCGCAAACGAUGAUGUAGAGGCUACCACACUGUUCGGUGUAUUCGGAACGAAACAGAAGAUCAGGAUCAACAAGAUCCUCAAAGAUCACGGACUUUAUGCCCCACACAACAUGGCAAACGACCUACAAUACGUGAUCACCCUACCUACAGCGGUCGAAAUCAUGAACGCCCAAAGUGGGGAAUCUGUGGAAGGAUACACCCAGGAGAACAUCGAACUGGAAUACGAGUCCAUCGAUAACAUCGAUCUCGCAAGGAAAGCCGAGUGUCUGUACGGAUCAGAACGCGAGUUAUCCUUCGAACACGUUACCCUAAUGAAGAAGACGGAAUGGAGGAAAGAUUCCACCAUCAUCAACGAAACGAUCAACGUACCACGCAGAAGUAUGAAAGCCAUCGUCAUGCUAUUCGAGAACAAGACGAAGACAGACAGCGAGGAAUACAUCUACCCCAACAUCGAAAAGGUUAGGGUAACCGUAGAAGGUGUUCCCAAUGCAGUCUAUAGUCAGGGUAUCCCAAAACAAAAAAAAACAAGGUUAUACGAGGAGGCAAGGCGACUGUUCGGUACCGACGAAAUCAGUCACCAGACACUAACCGGAUUCUUCAAAGACAAGAAAUUCGCACUGGUCAUCGACCUCAGAACCGUAAGCGACGCUAGGACAUAUGGAAACGAUGCUAAAAUCCAGAACACCCAGUCCGGAAUAUUAGUGGAAAUCACAAAGAAAGCCACAACCGCAAACGUUAUAUGUUACCUGUUCGUCCUUUCCGACGGUGUUAUCAAGAUCACAAACGGACAACUUGCUGGAAUAAGAUAUUAA